UGACAUCCACGAGCUGACAUGAACAUCUUUACUAAAGUCUACGGACUAGCCCAACAAACCAGCAAGCUGGGGUCUGUGCUCCAACGAGCCUUCUACGGGUCCAGUGGGAGGGUGACCCUUUUCGAACAGCGUAAUUUCGCCGGCAGACGUCUGGACCUAAGUGCCGACUGCCAGAAACUAAGCGACAAGAACUUCCCAGAGAGAUGCAACUCUGUGCAGGUGGAGAGCGGAGCAUGGGUGGGCUACGAGCAUGAGAACUUCCGAGGACGCCAGUACCUGUGGGACAUGUCAGAGAGGGGCGAGUACAACUGCUACGACAAGUGGUGCGCUCAGGUCGACCAUGUGUCCUCGGUGCGCUCCAUCAAACAGGAUUCUUCUCCCGCCCGGGCUCACCUGUUUGAGAGACCGGGCUUCUCCGGCAGGAAGACGGAGCUGCAGGAUGACAUCCCUAACCUAAUGAGUCGUUACAGCCUCAACCGGGUCGCCUCCAUCCGCAUCCUCGGAGGAGCGUGGGUGGUGUACCAGGAGCCUAACUAUAGAGGUCCACACUAUGUCCUGGAGAAACGGGACUACAGCAACGCCUCUGACUGGGGCUCUCAGAGCAGCACUGUGGGCUCCAUGCGCAGAGUCCGCUUCAGCAACUGACUCACAUAGCACGUCCUCAACUCUCCCCUGGCCUCACACAGCACAUCCUCAACCCUCCCCUAGCUAGCCCCUCAUCUAGCCUCACACAGCACGUCCUCAACUCUCCCCUAGCUAGCCCCUCAUCUAGCCUCACACAGCACAUCCUCAACCCUCCCCUAGCCAGCCCCUCCUCUAGCCUCACACAGCACAUCCUCAACCGUCCCCUAGCUAGCCCCUCAUCUAGCCUCACACAGCACGUCCUCAACUCUCCCCUAGCUAGCCCCUCAUCUAGCCUCACACAGCACGUCCUCAACCCUCCCCUAGCCAGCCCCUCCUCUAGCCUCACACAGCACGUCCUC